GUAAAUAUUAUGCAAAUCGAAAAUUGUACUGCUGUUUUCAAACUUCUUCCUUAUAAUAAACGAUUUUCUUAUGAAAAUUUUAUUCAACUUGCACGCCAUGGAAUAAAUACAGAAUAUAAUCCUCGACGAUUCCAUUCAAUAAUUAUGCGUGUUCGGCAUCAAGAAUAUAAAACUACGGCGGCACUUAUUUUUCAAUCUGGCAAAGUUGUUCUCACUGGUGUUCCAAGCCCUUCUCUGGCAAACAGAAUGGCUUGGCGUGUAACUAAAAGAAUUCAAGCCUCAUAUAAGACAACAGGCACUGACUAUUCCUAUUUAAAAAUUGGUGUGAGGAAUCUUAUCGUUACAAAUAUUGUUGGGAUGGAGAAGCCUCCUGCCUUUGUUAUAUCUCAGGACGUGUAA